AGGCCUGAGGGUGUCGUAACUGAAAACUGUCCUUUCAGUCCUCAUAUGUGGUAAUUCUAAGCUCACAGUGUUAAAGGGAAGGAAAUGACUAGUUAGAGACUGCAUUCCAGUAGCAGGGCCGCUGAAGUAAAGACCUGAGUGUGGAACGUGGAGCCGUUAGAACAAUGAGUAUCACCUUCCUCUUGCCCAUUGUUUUCCUAUCAGCUACACACGCUUCAAUUAGUGGACCAGAAGAAAAAACUGCACAAAUGGGAGGAUCAGUCGAAAUCAAAUGCAGAUAUGACACAUAUUUUAGAGAUUAUCAGAAAUACUGGUGCAAAGGCUACUACAGGAAACACUGUACUGUUUUAGUACAAACUAAUGGCCCUGAAAGGAAAAGUCAUGACAACAGAAUAAAAAUUACAGCUGAUAAUGCAAAAGGACAACUUACAGUACAUAUGAACCAGAUAACAGCAAACGAUAAGGGAUGGUACUGGUGUGGAAUAGAUAGACCUCAUCUUCUGGAUCCAAUGUCUCCCGUACAACUUAAAGUUUAUGAAAGUCGAAAGGGUUAUACUAAGGACAAGGAAAGACUAAGACUUUUCCUAACGCUCGGAAUAAUCUUUGGAAUUCUGAUGGUGAUGUUUCUCGGGCUUGUGAUACUAGUUGUCAAAAAAAUAAGAAAGCACAAAGAUGAUGAUGGCAGAGAGAAGGAAUCAACAAUAGAAAAUUCUAUCCCAAAGUCAAACUCUGUGUUGUCAAAGGAGUUGGAAGAAGGAGUUACCUAUGCCAGUGUGACGAUUCAGCCCAAUAAUCAUCCUCAGGACGAAUCUGCUGCCCUCGAAAAGCUGAAAACCUCCAACAGUCAGGACGCAAUCAAGCCAGCUGUUGCCGAGCCUCCUGCUUCAGAACCAACAGAGUAUUCAACAGUUGUAUUCAAAAAGUCCAUGAAUUCUGUCUUUCAGACAGGAAGGAGACCACAGAUUCAGAGUAAAACCAGACCGCACAUAAGGCAUUCUGUCCACAAUAUUGGCCAGACCCUUUUAAUCAUGAAAGUAAUUGAAUUUAUUAUCAUCCUCAUUGCAGUUUCAUUAUCGGGAUCGCAUGGACUCACGGCACCCAGCGAGGUGAACGGAAGGUUAGGAGGGACCAUCACUGUGAACUGCCAGUACAACAUAGCAAGUAACUGGAAUUCUGAGAAGUAUUGGUGUAAAGGAAAUAUGCGUAUUUCAUGCACCGUGUUGGCAUCCACUACAGAAGUACAGCAGGAAAGAUCCAGUAGACUGUUCAUUAUGGACAAUCAAACCAUUGGAAUAUUUUCAGUAAAAAUGCAGCAAUUAACACUGGAAGACGCAGGAUGGUAUUGGUGUGGGAUAACAAGGGUGGGCAAAGAUGAAAUGACUUGUGUUAAAUUGAAUGUUCUCACAGCUGGAUUAACUGGGCUAAGGCAAGUGCAUGGGACCUUAGGAGACACUGUCACUGUACAAUGUCAGUAUCCAGUGUCAUAUUACAAGAACCAUGAAAAAUACCUGUGUAAGGGAUCAGACCGCAAAUCGUGUAUUGUGAUAACUGGAAUGCAAAAACAGAAUCCAAACAGCAGUGGAAGGAUAAUUGCUAUGGAUAACCAAACCACUGGGAUGUUUGCAGUGACCAUCACCCAACUAUCUAUGGAGGAUGAGGGAAUUUACUGGUGUGGAGUAACAACCUUUGGAUAUGACAGAAUGGACCCUUUACAACUGAUCAUUUUUGAAUCUCCUACAACAACAGUACCGCCUGCUGAAUCUCAGAGAACAAUCACCUUCAAAAGUGAAAGCGCUUCAAAUUUUUCCAUCAUAGCGAUACCUGCGCUUGGAAUUAUGGUUGCACUGUCCCUUGUUGUCGCUGUCUUUGCCACAAGAUACAGAAAGAAGACUGCAGUUGGUGAAAAAGAAUUAAAACCUACCAAGGAAGAUUCUAACCCCGUUUAUACUGAUCUGUCUUUCAGAGAUUAUGGUGAAGAUAUCACCUAUGACAUAGAAACAAGCAAAUCCCUCAGUUGGACACAAGACUUUCCUACUUAUAUUUGUGAAAAGCAAAACUAUGAUCAGAAGGAGGCCAUCUAAUUAACAAGUACAGCUAAUUCAGGAGAAUGGGUUCAAUGAUCUACACUUGGAUUUCAAUAUUGCUUGUCUUAUCAAUACUUUAUGUUCUCAUAACUAGCAUCAUAAAGACAGUCUGAAGGUUUCAUUCUAAUCAAUGUUUUCAUCCUCAUCUACAGUUUCAGUUCUGUUGCCUGGGGGGGUCUGCAAGAAAUGCUGAGAUUGUUGCAGUCAUUAACAGACUGUUGCCUCGCAGUCCUUUGUCUAUUACUAGUAAAUCCUUAAUAAAAUAGACUAAAGUCUAUGCUCAAAUUCCAGACAGAGAAAUACCACAUGGACAAAUUGUAUACUCAUCCAGUGAUACCCCUGACAGUGAUUUCUAUGUAAAUUGUCUCCUCCUGCCUUUAUAAAUUCAUUUUUAUA